AUGGCGCCCGCUUUCCUGACGACCCUCCACCCUGCGACGACCUCCUUCCGUUUCCCCGCCGGCGCCGGAGGGUGCAGCCGCUCUCACUGGGCCCCACCGGCGCUUUCCUCGGCGGCAACGCCAGCGGUGCCUCGCCGGCUCCUCCUUCCAGUGGCGGCCGGCAUUUGGGACUUGAUCUCCGGCGGAGCUGGCGGUGCGGCCGCUGCGUCCCUCGCCGUCCGGCGAGGUAUGCAGCUUUUCCGGCAGGGAGAUGUAGCUGGUUCAUUGGCAGAAUUUGACAGGGCGAUCGAGAUGGACCCACGACAGAAGCAAUAUCUUUGGCAACGGGGCCUCUCACUGUACUACCUAGACAGGUUUGAAGAAGGGGCAGAGCAGUUCAGGAUAGACGUUGCAGCUAACCCGAACGACACUGAAGAGUCCAUAUGGUGCUUUCUAUGUGAGGCUCAGCUAUACGGGAUUGAAGAAGCAAGGAGGCGAUUCUUGGAGGUUGGACUGGACUCAAGACCUGUAAUGCGUGAAGCAUAUGCACUGUUUAAAGAUGGUGGAGAUCCUGAAAAGUUAGCUGCAAACUUUUCGAGUGGCUCUGAUGGUGAGAUCUUCUAUUCUUCACUAUAUGCCGGACUAUACUAUGAAUCUCAGAAAGAUGCAGAUAUGGCAAAAUCUCACAUUGUUGCAGCAUGCAAGUCGCCUUAUGGAUCGAGGUCCGGCGAUUACAUGGCUUCCCUUGCAUUUGUCCACUGCCAGUGUCGCAACUGGAAUCUAGUGUGA